ACAAUAUGGUUAUUGAAAGCUGCAUGGGAUACUAUAAGCACAAAAACUUUAAAAAAUUGUUGGUGCUAUACUGGAAUCUUAUCUAGCCAAUAUCUUGUUAAAAUUUUCUUGAAAUUGAAAUCAGCAUCUAAUGAAGACUCUAAAGCUUAA